AUGACAAUCAUUGUAGAAAGGGAAGCUCUGUUACGAGUGCUAACAACAGAACCAUCAGGGACUUCCUCAUCAUCAAUAGGAUGUGGAAACACAUGCAUACACUCCGACGGGGAAUAUGUACUCGUCGAUAGCAUACCAAAACCAUUAUCAACAGUUGAGAAGAGUCAAGUAGGUCCAACGUCUGACGAUCAGUCCACAUGUUCGUUAUCUACGGAUGAUUCUCUAUCAUCUGGUUCAUGCCAUUCUCUCGAACGAAGAGUUACCUUUGCGGAAACUCUCAUCUCUGAUGAAUGGACGAGACCACGGACUCCACGAGACCAAGUCUUGUCUCUCUUUUACUCGACAGAGGACACCCAGAGGUUUCGUCAAGAAUACCGACUGGAACGUAAAGUUCUCAGCGAGCUGUUGUUGGACGCUGACUUUGUGGACAGCGAAGAUGUAUCGAAGCUUAUCUCCACUUCUUCUGACCCUCAAUCGGGGCGUCAUGGCAUCUCGCGAGUGGUGGUAAUGCACAACCACAAGCUCGAGACUUUUUGCAAUCCCAAACAAGAAGAACCACUCAGUGGGGAUUUCUUUGAUAACGAUAGUUUCUGGAGUGGAUCCCUCACCUGGUAUUAG